CAUAUUUUUUUUUACCAAUUAUUGUAGCUGAUCAUUUUCUUUCAACAAACAAACAAAAUCAACAAAUAAAUCUGGAAUUGAGUACCUAAAGGAAAUAAGGUACAAACCUGUAAUUCCAUCAAACCCUUUGAAACUUGUAAAACCAAACUGUAUUUAGACAUUCAACAAUAUCCACAAGAGCUGGUCAGAGAUACAAGCUGUGCUGCUGUUUUGAAAUAGGCAACAAAUAACAACUUCUGCGAUCUACACUCGACUGAACGAAACAACACCACAAACUGAUAACGACCUCUUGGAUGCCGACCAAUCUGGCUUCAAAACUAACCACUCCACUGAGACGGUCCUCCUGUCUGUUGUCGACACCCUGCGGUUGGCAAGAGCUGCCUCCAGAUCAUCGGCCCUCAUUCUACUACACCUGUCUGCUGCCUUCGACACGGUGAAUCAGAUUCUUCUGUCUUCUCUCGCUGAUCUGGGCAUCACCAGCACCGCACUCCACUGGUUUGAGUCUGACCUCACAGGAGAGAACUUAAUACAAGUUCAGCUAAAUGGAAAAAGCAGGCCAACGCUUCAACAGAAGAGAACGUGAAGAAAGAUAUAUUAAGAAUGAACAUGCAACAAUACAGAGGAUAAUUGAUGAAUUUGGUUUUAAUCAAUACCUUGACAAAUUUGGCUCCAUCCCUCCAUACCCACAGCCUGUGGAGUUCCAUGUAACUAGAGUGAGCCACGUCACUGAUCAGACAGGGCUGGAAGGAAUCAUGAAUGCUGGAGGAUUUAUUUCGGCGUCAGACAGUGACAUCGUGUGGUGGGGCCUUGAAGUGGAAGAUGAUGACAUCACGGCUGCUGAAGAGCGCUUCCUUCAGUCACUCUUCCCUAACAGAACAGAAGCCCAGGCUGAGAAGCAGAAGCCGUUCCUGAAAGAGUUCACCACCUCUCCCGCCUUCCUGAAGUCAUCCCGCUACGGAAACUUCAAGUUCACCUUCGGCUUGAAGGAACUCCUGCAUGAGUACAGCAGACAGAUGUGUAAAGGGGAGAAGCCCAUUCUCAGGGUGUAUGAAACAGUGCUUUACAAGCAGGAGAUCAUGCACUCCGUUGUUGUACACAGUCCUGACACCCAUGAAUUUGAUCAGUUCAAAAUUUUCCAAGAUGGUGGAAGGGCUUUUGAGGAUGGGACUAUAGUCUGGCACCCAGAGGCAAUGAGUGAGACCCACCGCUGUAAGCUGAUUACAAAAAAGGAAGAAAAUACAGUUGAGGCCAUGAAUGUUUGGCAUCAACAGUUUUAUGUGUGGGACCAUUUGAGCCUGGCAUUUCACUGUAAUCCAAGGAGACUACUGCAUUUUGGAGAAGAAAAGCUGGCUGAUAGCCUUAGUGCUUGUGAAAUAGGAAAACCUGCAUUGGCUGCAAUAUGUUCACAAGCUGAUCAAAAAGUAGCUCAAAUCAAGGGAAAGUACAAAGCAUAUGAAAACAUGUCAGCUGUAAACAACUGAAGGAAACAACAAAUUACAACUCUCCCA